AUGGACUUGGCUUUCGUUGCGCUCUUCGUAUUUUCCCUGUUCAACGGUUUAGGUAAGGCGUAUUGAUUUGUUUGGAUAACAGAGUAAAAGGCGUGAAAAAAUUAUGUAAUCAAAAAUAGCAUACUUCAAUAAAUACAGCGCAGUUUUAUGAUGUAAACCUUUAGCUAGCGCUUUGUAGAAACAGUCAAAAUGUGCAAAAAUAUAGUGACUGGAUAGGUUGGUAAAAAUAUAUCUUUCUCUUAGUCCCAUAAAAUAAAUUUUUAUAACAAAAAUUGCUUUUCAGAUGCCGUUAUUGAAUACUUUUCCGCGAUCCCCAUCGCACCUCAAACAUUCUUCUUGAUAUGGAAAAUGUCAUCAGAUGUAUACAUUCAUCAUCCCAGCGCCCAUUUCAAGGUGAGUGCACCUUUAGCAGCCAAAAUGUGCAUUUAGAUCUGUCGGGGGAAAAUUGAUAAGCUGAUUUUAACUAAUUUUUUUCCUGUAUGUUUCGUAUCUUCUCUCAAAAAGUUUCGAAUUCUCACCAUUUUUUGCCGUUUUUGGGCUAAAGAUAUUGCUUGUGUUUUAGAAAAUUUCACGAUAAUUUACCCCCAAGUUCAACAAACCGUGAACAAACAUGCACUUUCAGCAUUUCCCUUAUCAAUUUUACGAUUUAUCUCCCAACACUAACAUAUAUACAAUAAAUUCCAGAUCAAAAGUGAAAUCGAGCGAGAUGGAGAGUCCACUCGAAUCACAGAGACCCGCCCCAAUAUCCUGGAAGUCUGUAAGGAGCAUGUCGGUGAACACGGCGUAACCAUCUGCACCUAUAACAGCACGUCUCAUCGUCCAGGAAAGAAACAAACUUUCAAAGUGAGUAAUCAUCUUUUUACUUAAUUUGGGUUUACUUUUAGUUGGAAUACUACGAAAAGCCGGCGAGUAUGUUGGGCACGAUGGAAGCAAGUGGCACUUCUUGGUUUUUCCCUCCUUCACUGAGGGUUGUGGACAAUAAUGAGGAGUGUAUAAAGUUGUUGCUGCGUACAGAGACCAAUGGAAAACCGCCGAAACGCUUCAAUAUUGAGUUUAAAUCGGUAAGAAUGCAGUGGAAACUCCGUACAGUGCCUAUGACAAACAAUAUGUUCUGUGAGCCAAUUUUAGGCCAUAGUGGACCCCUGUGCAAUGACACCCUUCUAUAAUUAAUCAAAUUUUUCAUUCCCACUGCGAUAUGUUGUAUAGAGGUUUGAAUAGCGGAAUUUGUCAUCAAAAUUUCUGUCCAAUUUUUGAGGAAGUUCGUUCAAAAGAAGAGACUCAUAUCUUCACAAAAUUGACGUAAAUUUCGCCAUGACUUUUCUAGGCCAUAUGCAGGGUAUUUUUCUCAUGGUUCAAGGUACAAUCAACCAAGAUCUUUAUGUCAAAAGUUGGCAGCAAUUAGAGACAUUUUCACGCGUGAAAAGCAUUUUUUACAGUAUAUAAAUUUUCCAAUAAAUAGUUACAUUUAAAGGCGUUUUUUCGGCCCACUCUCUCUCCGCCUUUCGCGUGCUCUCUCAUCAACAGUGGCCCUUGAAAAUCUCGACCGCCGUAGGAAUUUCAGAUUAAAGCAAUAGCUGAAAUUUUCAAAAAUUGUUCGACAUCCUAGACGCAACACGUGUGAGAAGUUUAACGAGCAACUCAUCAUCGCACUUCGAGCAACGCCCUUGUGAAAACUUUUCUUUAUACCCUCAUUAUUUUGCAUUUUACAUCCCAAAAUUUUUUUUCAGAACGAGAACAAUGCUGAAUGGAUUGAAGCCCCCGAAUCAAUCGAGAUUUCAAAGCCUCAGAAUUUGUAUUCCACCGAGUUUUGCAUCUCCACCAGUUCGUCGGACUCGGCUUCACAAGCCACGAUCAAAGGGACCGCCGAUUAUUUGUUCCGGUUUAACGCGUUCUGCGAGUCGACGUUUACAUUUAUGGGGAAGACCUACACAAUCGAAGAAGAGUACUCUGGCGAUGGGGAGAAUCUUUGGAGUCAUGUUCAAAGUAAGUUAUGGGUUUAAAAUCUGACGAAAAUUACGUCAAACCUCUGUACAACGUACCACAAAGGACUCAAAAAUUUAUUUGUUAUAAAAAGGAUUCGUUUGUAUGGAGGUUUAUUUUGAUGAAAAUUUGGCUACAAAAACCUUUUUUUUAGGGAAAAACGAGCCAAAAAUUGUGUUUCCAAUUGUCACCGUGCACACCAAAAAUGGAUGGUUCCUCAACUUUUCCUUGCCAAAUAUUACGAAGAAAGAUGAUAAUGAAGAGCCGUUCAGGAUCGAUUAUAAGUCAGUUUAAAGCGAUUAUUUUGAAUAUAACAAAACCUCUUUAUUACGAAAGUUUCACCGGUCCCUAUCAAAGCCUUUCUAUAACGAUUUUUUUUCGGUCGUUGAUUUUUUUUGGUUCCUUGUCGUUACACAAAGAUUUGACGCUAUACAAACAUAAAUCAUUUCUUCAGGCUCGACCGUUACUCCCGUCCAUUCAACUGGACCGCCGUGCCCAAAAGAUAUCUGAAUGACGUCACUUUUGUUGGCCACAAAGUCAGCAUCAACUUGACAGAACUUGUCUUCCGCAAACGUCUGCCUCCAGACGCCGAAUUCCGAUUGUUUUUCAGAGUCCGAACUGCAAAUGGAUGGAUUUGGUCGCAGCCCUCGUACUCCUACAAAUACUCGGACAAGCCGAGUUUGGCCGAGUUCAAAAUGCCCGACUUUGCGCAUUCCCACAUGUUCUUCCAUCGAUUGGUGGCUGUGGUCAUGAUCUUCUUGAUUGGAGCCUCAGUGGCUUUCGUUCUGAAGUACAUGCAGAAGAAGGAAAUGCUGGAAAUGGCGGGAUUCUCGUACCGAAAGUUGGACUCGCAACAGGAAGGGGAAUUUGUGUGAAUAAACAUUGUUAUGCAGGAAAUAUUGAGGUACAUUGAUUAAAAAAAAACUUUAGAAGAGCAAAGGAAGAUUUAAUUUCACGGCAAAAUCAGCCUCCGUAUAACGUAACCUUUCUAUAACAAAUAUUUUUUUGCACCCUUAAAAAAAGUUUUAAAGUGGGGGACCUGAUUCAGUGACAAAAAACGUACCAUUUUGCAUCCGGGAAGCAUCAAAAAUGUGGCAAAAUGCUUGCCUCUCCAAGUGAAAAAACUCCGAUUUCAAAAGCGCCCGCUCUUUUUGUGAGGGAGAGCCCUUCAAAACGAAGUUUUUUCACUUGGAGAGGGAAGCAUUUUACCACAUUUUUGAUGCUUCCCGGAUGCAAAAUGGUACGUUUUUUGCCACUGGAUCAGGUCCGUUACUGUACAAAGGUUUGUCUGUAAAUUAGGUCACCCAAAAGUUCUUCCCAAAAUCAUGAUUUAUUUCCAAUUUUUCAUUGUCAUGAUUCGGUGGUGUCUGACAAUUCCAAUAUUGCUACUCGAAAUUCAAGCAAAUGGUGAAAAUGUCACAACGAAUGAGAGUAAUUCGACCAGCAAUUAUUCCAUAUUUUUUUCUACCACGUCAACGCAGACAAAGUCUCCCAGUAGUCUUGGUGCAGCUCCUCUGGAUUCGACUAUUUAUGAUGACAGUAUUCCACUGGAAGACUUGACCCCUGGACCAAAUAUAAAACACGAAGAGCCGGAAGAAGAUGACAGUGAGAGGCCGUACAGUAUGGAUGAUAACCUUGAUGUAAGUAGCGAGAUUUUCGAGGUUUUAAAAUACGCGAAGCGAAAAUAGUGUAAACAAAAAGCUCAAAUUUUGAUGAAACCUUGAUUUUUGGGUCGAAAAGCAGCGAAAAAUACAGAACUUUUUCGUACAAACGAUGGUGAGAAAAUGGCAGUGUAUUUCUCACGUGGUAGACACAAUUCCCACAAGAAAUAACCAUGUAAAAUUUGCAAGGAUUUGGUCGAAAAGCAUUUUUCUUUCGGUCCAACCGUUGUAUUGAUUGUCAAAAACGCCAAAAUUCGUUGGAUAUCUCGGCUCUCCCGGCACUUCGUGAGCUCAGAGUUUACGGAAUUAAAAUGGGCUAGGCAGAAUACAUGGGCAAAAUUUAGAGAAACCCCGAGCGUCUGGAUUUGAGAAAUUUACCGAAUGACCUGAGACGAGAAAAAAUUUUUGGCUUGUCCAACUUUUCCGACCUAAAAAUCUUGAUGGCUUCCGCGAAAUGCGAGGUAAAUACAUUGAGACAGGCGACCUGAUCCAGUGGUAAAAUACGUACCAUUUUGCAUUCAAAAGUAUCAAAAAUGUGGCAAAAUGCUCCAAGCGAAAAAACUCCGAUUCCAAAAGCGCGCUCGCUUUUUUUGUGAGAGAAAGGCGCCCUUCAAAACGAAGUUUUUUCACUUGAAGAGGGAAGCAUUUUUCCACAUUUUUGACGCUUCCCGGAUGCAAAUAGUACGUUUUUUGCCACUGGAUCGGCAAGAAUCACUGUCGAAACCUAUAUGUUGUAGGAAAGAACAAUCUAAAUCUGUCCCAUCUUUCAUCAAAAUCUGAGCGUCAAAUUUCGAGCACUUCCAAAGGGACCCUCUUUCUUACCUCUCAACUUCUGCCGGCUUUGGUUUUAUUGCGCAACCUUCUAAUUAACCUGCCUUUUAGGACACUACAACCCUUUGCGUCUGCGAACAAGCGAUUGUCCUCUACUCUCUCAACUCCUCCACGCAAUUCCAGAACGACAAAGUGGAGUACCUGGCAAAAACCUUGACUAGAAAAAUUGCUGACAAAGUUUUGAACGAAAGUUUAGUUUUAUCGAGGAUGGUUGACCUCCCAAAAGAUGCGGAUCGCUGUGAUGCGUUGCGGAAUUCGAUGGAACAAGCGCCAGGCAAUCUGGUCAUCAACAUUGAUCCCGGAACAGAUCAGACUUGCCGAAUCAGCAAAAGAUUGGUCAUGCAAACGCCGUUAAUUGAGGUGAGAAAGGCACAUACUUUCAGAAACGUUCUUUUUCGACAAUUGUAAGCAAUAUUUUCAGUUCAACGCCUUUGCUCCGAACGACUCGGAAAAUUGGUUCGUUACUUUCCAAAGCAAAAGCACUUAUCUAAAGUAUCAGCUGCAAAAUAUUCAUGGCAAUGAUGACAUGGAAAUUAUCACGUUUUUGAUCAAAGCAACUUGUGCUCCAACUUUGGGUCGUAGCAACUUGUCCGAAGAGUAUUCGAGAUUACAAUGGAGUGAAGUUGAAGCCAGAUAUACUGUAAGUGGAUAGAGAAGGCAGUAGAAGGGAGAAUACAGGGUAUCCAGGGUGUGAUAGGCAUUCAUACUACAGCGGAUUACGCCUGUAGGAAAUGAUCUUACAGGGAAGUACCCCAAGUGCAACGCUCUGAUUUUGAUAAAACUUGGCACAAAUUUAGAAUAAUUUUUUAUAAAAUAGAUGCGAGAAUCCCAGCUCGCGUUUUGCAGAAACAACCGAGAUUUUUACAUCGAAAGUCGGCGAAAAUUUUACUCUCUUUGCCGAAUUUUGGCACGAAAAGUUUUACCUAUUUCUACCGUAAAGGGUAAUGUUUCCACAAAAAAUCAAUUUUUUCCGCACGAAACUGCCAAAGUUAUGGCCAAAAAGUGUUUUUCUCUCUGAUCGCUCUCCGCGGUUAGCAUGCUCCCUCGGCGGCAAAGAUGGUGCAAUAUCUCGGUGGCGCUUGCAAAGUGCGAGCUAAAACUUUCAGGAAUUGGUAUUUGGUUUUUUCCCGACGUGUGUGCAAAAUUUGAAGAAAAUCUGCGCGUCGCACUUGGGGUACGCCAAAAAUUUUAAAGUUGAAAUCCUUAAAAUUUUGGGAUGGGUUUCACAUUUUUCUAUAGAAUUCAUUCCAAAAACAAAAAUUUCUGGACUUUUAAAUAUUGUUGUACAUCUGCACGGCCCUGUUCUACCUUACCAACCUCAAUUUUUUAUGUAUGCAGUGUAAUAUUGUAAAGUUCUGAGCGCCUUUUUAUAUUAAAGUACAUAUUUCUUCCCUGGUUUUUUAAUGUUAUUGCAAAAACUCUUUGAAUUAUUGAAUUAUUGCAAAACCAGCCCCUUAAACCUCGUCUAAAUCGAAAUUCAGGCCUCACUCCCAGCGUAUGGAGUGAUAGCGGGCGUUGCAACCUGCAUGACAAUUACCGGAUUCUGGAUGUGUGGAGUCUUUAUUUACCGAACCAUUGAGAAUGCGGAGCUGAAAGAACAACGUGCCAUCAGAUUGUACAUUGCAGAAUUGGUCAAAAAAGAGCAUGAACGAGAAGAACAGGUAAGAUGAUAGUUGAUUUACCGACAGCGUCGCGGUUUUAUAAACUGAAAUUUCGAAUUGUCGUCAUUUUGAGAUUUUUUGAUGACCUUUUUUUAAAUUGAUAUAAAGCGGUGAAAAAUGACGUCAGAAAAUUCCAUUAACUGUUUUAAAAUACUCUUUCAGGAAGAGAGAGCACGUCUAGCAGAGAUGAUAAAGAAUUACAAGAAACCCGCGGCUACCCAGACCAAUCCAUCUAAUAUUCCAUCAAGUACAACAUAA